AGUAGAACCAAAAACAACGCCAGGAUCUCGAUCAGUUGAAACAAAACAGAAUCUCUCGAUCGUGAUCGUGAGUUGUUGUAGCUGUUAGGUAUAGAUUCGUGUGCUGGUGAACUCCCUGAACCACCACGAGUCGUGUAUGAGUUUGAUCGAGAGGUUUGUGAUGUAACGCGUCGUUGUUUGUGGUAUGUUAGCGCGCGCGAUUUUGAGACACACUCUUCUGGUGUGAGAGAAGAAAUCAAAAGUGCAUUAGUUGGACGAUCAUCAAUUAUUGAAGACUCAAAGAGAAGAAGGAAAUCCUACCAAUUAGGGCAGUGCUGUGUGAGAGCCUCUAAGUUGUGAAAAUAACAUCUCUGUCUGUGUUGGGGGUUUAAGAGUGUGUACCGUAACAGAGCUAAAGAGUGCGACAUUAGGUUCGUCUAAAAGGCAGCGAAAAUGCGCAGUGUUCGUAGCAGCCUCACCAUUGGACGACUGGCCAUAUAUCCGAGGAACUCCAACAUACGGACCGGUUUGCUAUGUCUGCUAGCAUCACACCAGCACAACCAGCAUCAGCAUCAGUGCCAGUGUUACAGCCAUGAUCACCAGCAGCUGCGCCGAUUUCAUCUGUCGACGGUGAGCGCCAAAUCGUCAAAGGAUGGUUCAAACACCCCGUCGGGGAGCAGCGGUGGAGGAUCAUCGGCGGCCAGUGGUGGAGGUAGUGGCAAGAAUGGCAACGGCAAGGAACCCCCCAACAAGAAGAACGUCCUGUCCUGUCCAAAGUGCGGAGAUCCGUGCACACACGUCGAAACCUUUGUCAGCUCGACGAGGUUCGUCAAGUGUGAAAAAUGCCAUCACUUCUUCGUGGUCCUCAGCGAGGUAGACUCGAAGAAAACCAUCAAGGACACAGAGGCCAAGGGUCAACGGAAGCCACCGCCACCACCCAAGAAGAUCAUGGAAUACCUGGACAGGCACGUGGUCGGUCAGGAACUUGCCAAAAAGGUGCUAUCGGUUGCGGUGUACAAUCACUACAAGCGAAUCUACCACAAUCUCCCGCCACCGUCCAGUACCGGAGCUCAGUCCGGAUCACAGCAGAUCGAUGCCAUGUCCCGCAGCGGUGACCUGCUGCACAUCUCCGGCAUCGGCCACACCAUGAUGAGCUCUGCCCCGUCCGAAGUGCCGCGACCUCCGCUCACGUCGAGCGCUUCCCAAGCGCACAACCCGGGCUCGGAACUGCUGGACAAGAAAACCCACGAGCUCAAGCUGGAAAAGAGCAACAUUCUUAUGCUGGGACCGACUGGUUCGGGCAAAACUCUGCUGGCCCAGACGAUCGCCAAAUGUUUGGACGUUCCGUUCGCAAUCUGUGAUUGUACCACGCUGACCCAGGCCGGUUACGUGGGCGAGGACAUCGAGAGUGUCAUCGCGAAGCUGCUCCAGGAUGCCAACUACAGCGUCGAUCGUGCUCAAACCGGCAUCGUGUUCCUGGACGAGGUGGACAAAAUCGGCGCCGUGCCCGGAAUUCACCAGCUUCGGGACGUGGGCGGCGAGGGCGUCCAGCAGGGCAUGCUCAAGAUGCUCGAGGGUACCAUCGUAAACGUGCCCGAGCGCAACUCGCCGCGGAAGCUGCGCGGCGAAACCGUCCAGGUGGACACCACUAACAUUUUGUUCGUGGCGUCCGGUGCGUACACCGGGCUGGAUCGCCUGAUCGCCAGGAGGCUCAACGAGAAGUAUCUGGGCUUCGGCAUGCCGGCUAGUUCUUCGGAAGGUCGACGAGCGGCGCAAGCGUCCGCUUCGCCGAUGGACAACGAUCAGGUCGAGCGGGACGCCAAUCUGCGCAAGGUGCAGGCCAAGGAUCUCGUUGAGUUUGGAAUGAUUCCUGAAUUCGUCGGUCGCUUCCCGGUGCUCGUUCCGUUCCACAGCCUGGACGUGGAAAUGCUGGUUCGCAUCCUGACGGAACCACGCAACGCGCUGGUGCCCCAGUACAAGGCACUGCUCGGCAUGGACCAGGUCGAGCUUACGUUCGCCGAGGACGCGCUCAAGCAGAUCGCCCAGCUUGCGAUGGAGCGGCAGACGGGAGCGCGCGGGUUGAGAGCCAUCAUGGAAACGCUUCUCCUGGAGCCCAUGUUUGAAGUGCCUGGAUCGGACGUGAAAACGGUCCACAUUACGGACGACUGCGUGCGCGGUCAGGCCGAGCCGGAGUACAUCCGUCGCAGCCAGUCCAACUCGACGAGCAGCGGGCCGGACACGCCCAACAGCAACAGCUCGUCGCAGGCGUCCGACGAGGAGGAAAACACGAAGCUGCGCGUGAAACAGUGAGGAGAUCACGGAAGGACACAUUUUUAUCUUCACAACAUACAGGUAGGAAGUAUUAGAAGACGAUGGCUUCUAUUUGUUGAAAAUUUUAAACUGUAUUUCCUGCGCUGCUUGUUUGCAACACUUGUCGUACGCAUCGAGACGACUGUGAAAAAAUACUUUACAAAAUUGUUUUAGAAAAAAGUGCAAAAAAAACAUUGUAAAUAUCUUCUUGAUUCAUUCCGAAUCAAGAGCCACAAAAAAAAAAGAGAAUAAAAUUACGGAACGUGGUAGCAAAUCAAACGUACAACAAUGUAAACAUAGCUUGCUAAUGGUUCUAAAACGUUCAUCAAAAAACCGUUAGCGGUGUUCAGGUUCCUUUUUAAAGUGUAGAAGGUUGAGAUAUCCUUCUGCACGAAAUGUGAUGAUGAUUUCCUGUUUUUGAGCAAAUCCAGGAGCAUAUUCGAAGGUGAAAGAAUUUACUUUAACUCCCCCCACAAACGACACAAAAGUGUUCCGAUUCGUCCCUACUUCUUUAUUAUAGAUUAACCCGUUAAAAAUGGAAAUGAAAGGAGCAACACAUCAUACAAUUCAUUCAAUUCCGCAGCGAGCUGAUGGGAAAGAAGCAACUUUGCUUCUUGGAAAAAAAAUCAAACGUUUCGUGUAAAUAUAAUUGGAUUUGCUAGUGGUAAUAGCAGUAACUAUAAACAAUAUAUGCAUAGACGAUAGACAGAAAGAAAGCGACAAACGUGAAUAAUAGGCUAGUGUUAGGUAAAAUAAUUUCAGCCCCUUACAAAUGAGAGAAUAUAUUCGAACUGAUUCGA